UUUUAGAUAGUAACUUGAAUAACAUAUAUUGUUUUAAUUAAUAUCCUUAUAUUUUAUGUUUCUCCUUUAGUCUACUUUAAAUUCUUCCAUGGCGUCCUCCUCGUUGCUUCAAAGGUGCUUGAUCUUUGUACUUUUCGGGUCGGCAUUCGCACAAUUGUCUGACGACUACUAUGCAAAAACAUGUCCACAGGUUAACUCCAUAAUUAGAGAUGAAAUGACAAACAUCUUAAGGAAAGAACCUGGCAUGGGUGGAUCUCUUGUGCACCUUCAUUUCCAUGAUUGCGGAGUUAGUGGAUGUGACGCAUCAAUUUUGCUCGAUGAUACACCAAGUGAGGCUGGGGAGAAGUCGGCCGCACUUAAUCAAAAUUCAACAUGGGGAUAUGAAGCCAUCGACCAGAUUAAAGCUCGAUUAGAAAAAGCAUGUCCAGGUGUGGUAUCAUGUGCUGAUAUCUUAACAGUAGCUGCUCGAGACUCUGUUGUUGGGCUUGGUGGACCAACUUGGACAGUACCAUUAGGAAGGAGGGAUUCGACUGAACCACAUAGAUUUAUGACUAACCUCUUAGGUGCUCUCUUUAUUGGGAACUUAGAAACACUGAUUUUUUCCUUCAGACUAAAAGGCUUUUCAACCGAAGAAUUUGUGGCUUUAACAGGUUCUCACACGAUUGGCAGGGCAAGGUGCACAACCUUCCGAAAGCGUAUCUAUGAGGAAACAAACAUAGAUCCCAACUUCGCGAAGGCAAUGCAAGCACAUUGCCCCAGGCAAGGCAAGGAUAGCGAUCGUAUACCAAUCGACUCCACCACUCCAUAUGUGUUUGACAAUGCAUACUUCAAAAACUUGAUGCAACAAAAAGGUCUUCUAGACAUUGAUCAAGAACUAUACACUGGAAAGGGUGGACCAACUGAUGCCAUUGUUGCUAAUUAUAGUGCAAAUCAAGAUAACUUUUUCAAGGAAUAUGCCUCAGCAAUACUAAAGUUCGGACAAGUAGGUGUUCUUACCGGCAACGAUGGAGAGGUUAGAAUUAAUUGUAGGAAGGUCAAUGCUCCGAAAGCUUGAAGCAUGCUAUAGAAUGUUCAAGUUCUUGUAUUUAGUUAAUACGAGCUUUUGAACGUGUGUGAUGCACAGGUUAAAUAUAAGAGAAAAUAUGUAUGAUUAUUACUAUUAUGAUUGUAAUUUCAAUCAUCGAAAAAGGUGUACACAAGUUAAUAUCUCUAUUUCUAUUCCAAAAAAAAAACUCUUUAUCUCUAGUCUAUUAUUUAAACAAUAUGUUUUAUUAUGAAACUCGGUUAAUGUUGAGUUAAUAGCUCAUAUAAAAUUUAUACAUACUUUAAUGCAAUAAUUGAAUUAAGCUAUUAAGACAUUUGCGAUACAUGCAGUACAUUAAAAGACGGUAUACUCUUUUAUAAAC